UGCGCUCUCCCGGCGCUCUAGUAGGUUGCAGUAGGUUGGUUUAGGUAUUCAGUCUCGGGGUUAAUAUCAGUUAAUAACUCUGAUCAACUCUGAUAACUCUCAUGUGGCAAAAUAAAUAAUUGAAACUGUAAUAAUAUUUAUUACUGUUAGACAAGUAAAAUACUUGGAGACUAGACGUGACUUUUAAUAGAAUGCUUCACAUGAAUGAAAAUUCUCCGGUGAAGAAGGAGUACCCUUUGAAGAGGCAUGCUUUCGAAGAAUUGGGAAAUACACCAAAAAAAAUGUUAAAGACUGAUCCAAAUAGUAAGACGUCAAAAGUUAGAGUAGCUUUAUUUCAAGAUAAAGAUUAUGGAUCAAAAUUAAAGAGCAUAGCACUAAGUACGAAAACGUUCUAUAAUAAAUCGGAAAGAAAAGAAGAAGAUUAUAAAAUUAAUAUCAGACACAGACUAAAAAGGAGAUCAAAAAGUUGUUUUCCACAUUUUAAAAGGCACACAGUAGGAGGAAUCAAUGCUGGUGUAUCACACGGCAUUAAGAAGCCCAAAUUAAAGAGCCCUAAACUAAAUUUAGAUAUUACAAAUGAUGAGACCAAUAUACGACAAUCUAUGUCAGAAAUGGAUGAAACUGAAAAUGUUGAACCUACAGACAGGAGUUCAUCACCAGAAAUUGAUCCUAAUAAACGAUUUUUCAAAAUUAAAAGGAAUUCUCAGGCUCUGGUAACGAUAAAUAAAAAUGUUAAAUUAAAAGUUGCACCUGAUGGUAAAAUAGUGUUGAAUCAAAAAGUUGCAAGGCAUAAAAAAUCAAAGCCUGCAAAUAUCUCUUUUGACGCAAGUGACUUAACAGUGGAUGAACCAGAGUUAGAAUCUACGAUUGAGAAAACUGAAGUGGACAAUAUAUUAAAAUUAUUAGAGAAUGAUUGGGCUGAUGACGAAUAUGAUACCAUGGACCUACUGGAUAAAGGACGGCAUAUUACACCUUUGAAGCCAAUAGCCGUGUUCAAUGAUGUUACUGUGUCACCAGCAAGUGAACUUAGCAAUAUGACUUCAAAUCUGGAUAUCAAAGAUAUUAGUGCACCAAUAACUUGUGAAGAUAAACCUUUCGACAGUAACGAAACAGAUUUUGAAAACAUCUCAGAGCCAAAGUAUUUUCCAUUAUUUAAGAAAGGAUAUUCUGCUAAUAAAUUAGAUAACAUUGAUAAAAAAGUGCAUCACACUGGCAAAGAAAAUCAAAAUUGGCAAUUAUCUGUAAAACUAAAUGGUGGUAAUAAUCAAUACCAAUUAGAUGCAGGUCAAAAGAAUUUUGGAGCAACUCAGUGUACAGAGUGUGGUGUUAUAUACCAAAUAGGAGAUCCUGAAGAUGAAAAUGCACAUUUAAAUUAUCACAAUAAUAAGAAAAGUUUGAAAUUUUCAGGUUGGAAAGUCGAACGAAUAAUCAUGGAAGAUCCAUUUACAAUGAGUCGAGUAAUUUUAAUAGAGCCGAAUGAUUCAAAGUUGUGUUGGAAAAAGGUAGAAGAAAUUUUAGCAUACGUAGAUAGAGAUUUAGGACUAACAGACACGAAACUUUCUGAUUACAAUCAAAAAAGGGUAUACUUAUACAUAAGAGAUAAGGCCGUUAUUGGAGUGUUGGUCGCGGAACACAUAACAACAGCACAUCAUAUGAUUCCUGAACUACUAGAGCUAAAUUGCUGUACUGCAGAAGAUAGUCCAGCCAAAUGUGGAGUAAAUGUUAUUUGGACCGAAAUAAAUCAUCGCAGACAGGGCAUAGCUACCAAAUUGAUGAAUAUACUAAGAACCAACUUCUACUUUGGAUAUGUAAUGACCAUGGAUGAUAUAGCCUUUUCAAUUCCAACUCCGAGCGGAAAAAUAUUUGCCGAGAAGUACACGAAAACACAAAAUUUUAAAGUGUAUGAUUAAAACUUGCCGUUCAUUGUUGUUCA